CAGAUUUAAUUGAAUAACGUUUCGGUUAACAAUUCCAAGUGGAAAAUUCUCGAUUUAGCUGCUAGUUUUAUUUCUUGAUAACCGCUCUUCCGGCAAAAUUCAAUGGCCGAUUUUCCGAUCUGUGUGACCGCGUCACAGCGCGAGCUGGCUCAACUCACGGAGCAGGAGUGCCUGACCGCCCAGCUGAAGGUUAAGGAGCGCAAGAAGGCGGCCAAGGCCAAGCCGAAGAAGGUCCUGGGUGGCCUGCUAAUGGUGAAUCAUAUGAAGAUGUGGCACCAGCACCGUGAGCGGAUCAAGGGCGCGAUCAGCACGGUGGACGCCGAAGCGCCCAACUUUCAGGCGGCCCGCAUCACCGGAGUGAACAACCUCCGGGAUGAGGCGCAGACAUUCAUGAAGCGCACCAAGGCCAACAUCCAGCUGCUAGUGGAGAUUUCGCGGACGAUGCGCACCCACGGAGCCAUCAAUCCGUUUCGAUACGAUACGGUGCACGCCGUCUCCGGCAUUCCCAUGGCCCUGCUUACCCUGGAGAAACUGGAGCGCGACAAUCGCGACUUCGGUCGACGCAUUUUGGAGGUAAACAGCGAGGUGGACUCCGGUCUGUCGGACAAGCGGAUGCGGGAGGGCAGAAGCUCGGCGCCCGUCGCUCCACUGGAGUUGCCGCCCCAGGCGAUGGCCAAGUACGAGGCCUUCAACAUCCCGCUGCCCAAAUCGGAUGCCGACCUACGCCGCCUCUUUCGACCGCGUGUCUACUUUGACCUCUAUCUCAAGGAUGCCCGACCACUGGGCAGGUUUGUGGUGCAGCUGUACACAGAGGCUGCUCCGCUGGUGGUGCUGCAGCUGAUCAAGUCCUGCAUGUGCAAUCAGCACUCCAACUUUAUGGUCAAACGACUGUUCCCCAAUCUCUGGCUGGAAACCGAUUUGAUGCUGUCGUCGGACUCGCUGCUCCACCAGCCAUUGGAGUACGACGCCAAAGUUAUUGACCACGGGGCCUCCAGCUACGUAUUAUCCUUCAGCAAGGCUUACGUCACGGGAUUCACCCACCACCUGUCCUUCGCCAUCUCGUUCAAGCCGCUUACCGUGGUCAAUGGAUCCCGCGUGGGAUUCGGGCGGAUUGUGAAGGGCAGCAAGAUAUGCGAGUGCAUUCAGAGUUACGGCACUAAGAACGGAAAGCUCAGCCGGGGUCUGCUUUUUACCAGCUGCGGAUUGCUGUAGCCUGCAGGUGGUUCCUGUAAAUUGUUCAUGUGUGCAGGAAAUAUUUUUGAGUCGUGUAAAUCGUAGUCAGUACUUUUUAAAAUCAACCCCUUCACAUAGAUGGGGCAUGCAGUCGGUAUUAAAGUGAUGAAAUUAA